GAGGAGACGCGUGCUGUGGCUGCUGUCAGGAAGGAUGGUGUCAUCUGUGUGCGUUGUGUUGAGUCUCCUGGCUGCUGUCCUAAUGCUGCUGCCGUCUGCUGUGCUGGCCCAGUCUUCAUUUGGGAGAGUUGCCCGGAUAUCGCCGGCAUCCAGUGUGAGACCACGUGUCUGAUAUGCAUGCUGAUUGAUGCGAUGCUCAUGUGUGCUGUCCAUCGAUGCAGCCCGUUGUGCCAGGGUCGCCAGACUCGCUGCCGUAUCUGUACGUCACCGGCGUUGUGGAGCAGGGCAGGACCUCCCUGUCUGUGCAGGUCCGCCUUUCACAACAAACUGAUGGCACGACUCAUGGAUGGAAUGGAUGGAUCUGAACUAUCCAAAUAUGCAGAAUUUCGGUCCUGGCAGCGUCGCCCUGACGACCGUCGAUGAGAACAACGACAUUGCCUUAUCCGCUGCCAUACAACACGACGACCUGCUCUCCAGACAGAUGCUUUUCGGCGCGAGCAAUGAGCUGACCUUCAUCUUCAAAGCGGCGAACGGCACAAGAGGUCUUCCGCCAGACAGUCAGCAAUGA